AUGGCUUUCCACCUAAGAUCGAUAAGUUUGCCUUCAAGGCCUCAGGCCAACGAGGCCAAAAUCGAGCAAGAGCUGCUGAGCCUAGAGGCAAGCAUCUCUUCCUCCACCACCAUCGGCACGAUGUGUGAUGGUCUGAGGAGACUUGGAGACAUCUACAACGGUGUUGAAGAGAUUAUUGGCCUGCCAAGCAACCAAGUUGGGAAGAUGUUGAAUGGAGAGAUGGAUAGCUCUCUUGAGCUGUUGGAUCUCUGCAGCAUCAUGCAAGAGAUCUUCGUAGAGAUGAAGGCCAUCAUCCAAGAGCUGCAAGCGGCUCUAAGAAAAGGAGAUGAUGCAGCUGUUCAAGCCAACAUCCAAUCUUAUACUCGUUUGGCGAAGAAGGCCAAGAAACUUUUCAAGAAGACCACGGAGAAGGCUACUUCUGCGGGUUGCAGGAUGGUCAUGCUAUUUACCAAGGCUAGGGAGAUAUCAGUAUCUCUGCUGGAGUCCUCAGUCCAUCUCUUGUUGAAGGAAAUCGAUAUGCCUAAACAGUCCCAUGUCUCCAAAGUAUUUCACAAGAAGAAGGCAGUUGUUUGCGAGGAGGAUCUAUUGCAGGAGUUAGAGUGCAGUAUUGGAGAUCUUGAGAAUGCUGCAGGACAUUUGUUCAGGAAAUUAGUCCACAUCAGGGUUUCUCUCCUGAACAUUCUUAGCUCCUAGAUAC